CCUCUCAUCUGCACCUUCUCUCUCUCUCUCUCUCUCUCUCUCUCUCUGAGGUAAUUUCUCGCUUUCUUUUGAAGCUUUGAUUUUAGUGCUAAAAUGGAAUUCCAAAACCAGUUUCAGGAGGCGGACCAGAUGCCAAAAUAUGAGUGCCUUCUCUUUGCCAAGUUGAUUAGCAGUGUGGUGUCCCCCUGUGCACUCGUGUUUGAAUUCCCCUCGUAGUAUAAAUUAGAUUGUAAUAUGGCUCGAACAGGAAAAAAAAACAACAACAAAAAAUCUGUUUUGUCGCAGACCUUGAUGAUACCCUUUAUCCCUUGAGUUCUGGAUUGUCUGAUCAAUGCACCAAGAAUAUUGAAGAAUUCAUGGUUCAAAAAUUAGGCAUCGAGGAAAAAAGAGUCACUGAGGUGAAUCAAGUAUUGUACAAGAAUUAUGGAACAUCAAUAGCUGGUCUCAAGGCCAUUGGUUAUAAUUUUGACAACGAGGACUAUCAUAGUUUUGUUCAUGGAAGAUUGCCCUAUGAGAAUCUAAGACCUGACCCUGUCCUAAGGACUCUAUUGCUGAGCCUGCCAUACAGGAAACUUAUUUUCUCAAAUGGAAAUAACGUCCACGUGGCAAAAACCCUAAGCAAGCUUGGAUUGGAUGACUGCUUUGAAGGAGUUAUUAGCUUUGAGACUCUGAAUCCCACUAAAGAUGAUGAAGGAUGCAGCACAAGUGUUUUUGAUCGUUCUUGUUUAUUUGAUGCUGGAAUAUCAGAGCUUCCAGCGACUCCUAUUGUUUGCAAACCAUUUGCAAAUGCAUAUGAACAAGCCUUUAAAAAAGCCAACAUUAACCCUCAAAGAACUAUAUUCUUUGAUGAUAGCCUGAGGAACAUACAAACUGGAAAGAACAUGGGUCUCCAUACUGUAUUGGUGGGCAGCUCCAACAGAACAAAGGGUGUGGAUUAUGCAAUAGAGAGCAUCCACAAUAUCAGAGAAGCACUUCCAGAACUUUGGGAAAUCGACAAUAAAAAUACAGACACGGCUAGAACUUUGUCAGGGAAGCUGGCAAUGGAGAAAUCAGUGACUGCCGAGGCUUAGCUUUUUACCUUCAAUUUCAAAGCUCCUUUGAGCAAAUGUAAAAGCAUGGAGGCUAGCACUUGGCUGUAUACUAUUAUGUUUAUCCUAAUAAUUGUAUGAUCAAAUUAUCAAUGAUAAAAAGCAAGCUUCUUUCUGUAAA